AUGGCCGGGGAGUCGAGAUGGGCCUCGGCUAUCCAUGAUGCUUGGAUGGUUCCUACACCGGACCAGCCGUCCGCAUCUCUAGUCCAUGACGUCAAUGGUGGUCCCUGUCUUAUCCUGGCAUGGACCGACACCCCCCACGUCGAGUUCUAUCAG